AUGCCAUACCUGAAUGUCCUGGGACAAUGUGGACAGUGCAUGGACAUGCGACGGGUGUAAGUGAAGGUUUUAUCCACUGAUUUGCACGAUUCAAUGCAAUGAAUUCGCAAGUGACAGGCCAUGUCAGUGUGUGACGUAAAGGUGUGAUCUCAACCUGGACAGGUUGUGAUCAAGACCACAUUACCGGUGCAGGGACGACGGUACUGGUCGUUGUGGGGGGUCGCAGGGCCUCGGCAGUGUUCUCACCGGUGUUUGUAGUGUUUUCGGUUGUAAUGGGGAUGGUGAUUUUGGUGGAGAUGGUGGUGGCGGUGAUGGUGGUGGUGGUGGUGGGGGUGGUGGUGGUGGUGGUGGUGUUGGUGGUGGUGGUGUUGGUGGUGGUGGUGGUAGUGGUAGUGGUGGUGGUGGUGUUGUUGUUGGUGGUGGUGGUGAUGGUGAUGGUGGUGGUGGUGGCGGCGGCGGCGGCGGUGGUGGUGGUGGAGAUAGUUUUGUUAGUCGUCACCAGUGUCGAGGAAUUGUUCUCUUGCUAGCAGAGAACAUGGUGGACGGCGAGACACCGAGAUUUCUCUCGUUGAUGAUGGUGGCCGUCGCCGCUGUCGUCCUGGAGGCGGUGUUAGGGUACGAGGGUGGAGGAGGUGCCGGAGACAGCGGGUGA